AUGCCUUCCACCAAAUCCCUCUUGCGCACUGCCAUUUUCGGGCUGCUAGCUGCAACUCCUUUCACCGCUGCUCACACAUGGGUUGAACAGUUGAUGGUCAUUGCUCCGAAUGGUACUCUGGUUGGACAGCCUGGAUUCGCACGUGGAAAUGUCCUUCGAGGCACUCCUGGAUUCAGUGAUCCUACCAUGGUCAACCUCAUUCCACCCGACGGCCGCCCUAUCAACCAGAUCGAGCCUUCUGAUCUGAUGUGCAAGUCCACCCAGACAUCUCAGACUCAAACGGAUGGUAGUCCUAGGCUGCAGGCGGCUCCUGGAUCGGCGGUGGCUUUGAGAUUCCAAGAGAAUGGCCACGUUACUUUGCCAGACAAUCAGCCAGGAAAGCCGCCAAACCGGGGCACUGUUUUCGUCUAUGGCACUACUCAGCCAAGUCCGGACGAUUCUUUCCUUGCCAUUCACCGUGUCUGGAAUGCCAACGGUACCGGCGGUGAUGGUCGUGGCGUUCUCUUGUCCACCCGAAACUUUGACGAUGGUCAAUGUUAUCAAGUCAACGGUGGCCAAAUAUCUCAGCAGCGUCAGCAGCAGUUCAAGCACACUUUCAACAGUGUCAUGGGUAAUGACCUUUGGUGCCAGCAAGAUGUUCAAAUUCCAUCAAAUGCUCCAAGCGGUCAACCAUACACUCUUUACUGGGUGUGGGACUGGCCAACACUGCCCGGCACUGCGGGAUUUCCAAAUGGCAAGCAAGAAAUCUACACCACCUGCUUGGAUAUUGACAUCGUGGACAACAAUGGCGCUGGUACUGUUUCCAAUGCCCAAGCCAACUUUGUCCAAGGCCAAGCAGUCGACAAUGCUGCCAUUGCUGGUCAAUUCUCCGACAUUGCCAAUCCUACUGCGGUAACCGGUCAGUCAAUCCCCUUUACCUCAAUCCCCAUUCCACGCACUUCCAAACCUGCACUUCAGAAUUCAACCCAGCCACUGACGUCUUAUAUAGGUUCGACUAUUCCUUUCUCUGCUUCCGCCACCGGCCCUGCUGUCGGCGGUGCCAGCGAAGCUAGUGCCGUCGCUGCCACCCAAACUGACACAGGUGUUCCUGCCUUCUUGACCGUUCAUACUGGGUCCACAGCUGGUCCAGGGGUUGAGACUCAAUCAUUUACCGUCAUUCCCAUUGGUGUCUCAACUCCCGAUGCACAGCCUACUCCUGGGCAGGGCCGCGGCGGCCAUGGUGGAGAUAACAACGCUGGUGAGUCGGACCUUGAAAGCAUCUUAUCAUCCGUCGUCAGUUUGCUGAACAGCAUGGGCGACCAUACAGGUCCACAAGUCACUCCAGUACCAAACGCCAAUGCAGCAGUUGCCACGUUCACUGAGUACCACUCGGUUACGGAGACCGUUUUCCAAACCGUUUACAACACCAGAUACACAAAACGCGACGGUAAGCCCAACCCCUCGAUCUUUGCCUCAGCCCCAAGUGUCUUUCCAACCGGAUCUCGUGGUCGUCCCGAUUAUCCAGCCUCUCGCCUUUCUCGUUGGUACCGUUACACAACAAAUCGUGGCCACAUGACUGCGAUAUCUCCUACUUAUGCUCCAGGCGAACCCCAUUCGGUUUUCCGCGGCGGGCCUCGUAACCAUUCGUGUGGCACCGGAGAUGGCAUUGGUAACAGCAGCCUCAGAAAAGGUGACAGCGGAGACCAUGGACGCUAUGGUGACGGCAACCCAUGGUUCAACUCAAUGCACCCUGCAAGCAUGGCAUCAGUGACGACUCUUGGCUCGAUCAUGACCAUGCCCGAUGGCCUUGUCAUGACCAUGCCUGUAACCACCGACAUGGCCACUGACGCCCCUUUCCCACCUGAGAGCGAGAGCCCAUCCGAGUCGCCUCCAAACACAGUCUACUCCAUGCCUUCUGACCCAGAUUCUCCAUCACUACCCGCGAAUCCAGUUCAAUCUUCUGUACCGAUGUCGCUGACUAUUGUUCCUAUCUCAGAUUCUGCACCUACCCCAACAGUUGCUCCGCGUGCUGCCGCUCCCGAUCCAGCAGACGGAAACUGCUCGACUGCUCACUCUGCCUACCGCUUGCGCGCACGCAACCCCUUCAUCUGGCUCGGCUGGAGCUCAAGCUCAAGUGAAGCGAAAGCGACGGCGGGUUCGUGA